AUAGAAAUGGAUAGUCGUUUAUCCUGAAGGCUUUCUUCCUUCACAGCUCGCUCGGACACGAGAGAAGAAGAAGAAGAAGAAGAAGCAAUGGAAGGAAGCUCGCUCCUUCUCGGCUAUACUUGUUGUUCUUCGUCUCCUCCUUCAACCUUUAAACCCCAAUUCGAGUUCACUUCUUUCCCUCUCUCUUCUUCAUUUGUAGCAAAAUACCGAGUGCUCACUUCCGCUCCCAAAUGCAGUGGGUGGCCCAAGAGCGCCCUACUUGUUGUUUCGUGCCCCCGGAGGAGAACCACCUCUCUCCGCACUUCAGCUUUUGCAGUCCAACAAGAAGCUCUGGAGAAAUCUAAGGACUCUUUCUCAACCUCAACAACGUCUUCGUCUUCCAGAGAUAUGUUGCCCAAGAUUGACAAGAGUGGCAGGUUUUGCAGUCCAAGAGCCGCCAGAGAGUUCGCUCUGUCAAUAAUUUAUGCGGCGUGUUUAGAAGGGUCGGACCCAAUUCGGCUGUUUGAGAAGCGACUGAAUGUGCGCCGAGAACCCGGGUAUGAAUUCGAUAAAGCUUCGUUGUUAUCAUACAACCACAUGAGCUUUGGAGGGCCACCUGUCACGGUGGACACAAUUGAAGAAGCAGACCAGCUUCUGCGUGACAAUGAAAAGGAAUCUGCAAUCGAAUCAGAAGUCCUCGCAGCUCCUCCAAAGCUGGUAUACAGCAAAUUGAUUUUGCGAUUUACAAGGAAACUUUUAGCUGCAGUUGUGGAUAGAUGGGAUAGUCAUGUGCUCGUCAUUGACAAAGUUGCCCCUCCAAAUUGGAAGAGUGAGCCUGCAGGCAGAAUUUUGGAGCUGUGUAUUCUUCAUUUGGCAAUGUCUGAAAUAAAAGUGCUAGGGACAAGGCACCAGAUUGUCAUUAACGAAGCUGUCGAUCUUGCUAAAAGGUUCUGUGAUGGAGCAGCACCUCGUAUCAUCAAUGGGUGUCUAAGGACCUUUGUGAAAGACCUUGAAGAAACUGGUUUGACUCGGGCCUUAGAAGAACAGAAAGUGAUCAGUUAAUGUAUGAAUAUUAGUUGUUUCGAUUACUGCUCUGUUCCUUCACAUUGUGGAAGCUCCUACAGCCAGUAGUAGACCGAAGAACCUCAUUCAGGAGGUGAUGGUUUAGUUUGUUGAUGCUGGAAAACCCCAAGGGAAAAUAAAUUUUUGUCUCUCUUCAGGGGUAUCACUGCAUUCUACAUUAGAAGUUAAAAAAUGUAAGGGCAGGUGUGGCAAGCUAGGUUGUAUUAAUAGAGCUUAGAAUGAUGAUGUUAUAACUAAAUCUUCCGAUUGUAUAACAUCAAAUUUGAGCUUCUCUUGAUUAA